UUUUUUUUACGUCAGAUCUGAUUCUGCGGCGUUUUCCUCAAUCUUCCCCCUUUGUCUUUUUACUUUCUUCCAUAGCAUUUCAACACUUUCUUAAUCGCACACAGACUCUAAAUUCUCCUUUUGUUUUUUUCUGGGUUUGUCUCGAAUUAAUUUGUUUUAUUUUUUAUCUGGGUUUAUUUAUUUUUGUUCUUUUUUCACAAUUCAUUAGUUACCCAGAUUAAAAAUUUACCCUUUUCCUUUUUUUUUUUCCUACCUUCUUCUUCUGGAUGUAAGAAAUAUAAAAUGCAUCGUAUUUCUCAUUGUUUUUAUGAGUUAUUUCUCAUAUGGGUUUAAUCUAUUUAAUGAUUACUUGGUUUCAAAUGGCAGAUUGUGAUUCUGGUUGGAUUUUCUAGCCAUUUUUAUAUUUUUUCAGGGUUGCAGUUAAUUUGGCUUGCAUGUGUUGUUGGAAGGACUUAUCUUGUUGAUUCCUCCCUUGUUUGAUGUAAUUCUUGCUGUUUUUAUGAGAAGAAAAAAAGGGUUUUUUCUUGCAUUGCCCUUAAAUAGUUCAUCAAGUAAAUUUUGGUUUAUCUUUGAGAUUGAGAAAUCUGAGGUUGUGGGUUUUUGUAAGCUAUGGGUGAAUAAAGAUAUUGAUGUUUGCAGAUAUCAUGUAUUAAGUUUUUCUGAUGUGUGAUUUGAAUGGGUACACAAACAAUGGGAUCUCAGGGUGGUGUAGGCGAUUCUUCAGUAAUAAAGAUUCCAUCUUUAUCUAGACAAGGGUCUUUGUAUAGCCUUACCCUUGAUGAGGUUCAAAAUCAGUUGGGAAAUUUGGGGAAACCUUUUAGUAGUAUGAAUCUUGAUGAACUUCUUAGGAGUGUAGGUACAGUGGAAGCUGGGGCAAGUAGUGAUGUUGGCAAUGGUGUUGAAAAACUCAACCAAGGAGCCCCUGGACCGUCGCUUAACCGACAAUCGAGUUUUAAUUUGUCACAGGAUUUAAGUAAAAAGACGGUUGAUGAAGUUUGGAGGGAGAUUCAACAGGUUAAGAAGAGUAGUCAGGAAGAGAUUCCUGAGAGACAGAAUACAUUGGGUGAGAUGACAUUGGAGGAGUUCUUAAAUCAAGCUGGGAUUGUUGUUGAUGCAGUUGGUGUUAAUGGGAACGGGAAUGGGAACGGAAAUGAUAGCAGCAAUACUGGUGAGAAUAACAUGGGGAGUAUUGAUCCGAAUCCUGGACGACACUCAAAUGUUCCUCAACAAAGUCAGUGGAUGCCAUACCAGGUGCUUCCUCAGCAGCAACAGCAUAGUAUGAUGACAAUAUUUAUGCCAGGACAUCAUGUUCCUCAGCCUCUUGCUAUAAGUGGCGGGGCACUCUCGGAUGCAGCUUUCGCUGAUGCUCAGUUGGCAGUUUCGACCACCCCUUUGAUGGGAACAAUGUCAGAUAUGCAGGCAAUUGGACGGAAAAGGCUUGCUCCUGGUGAUGUGGUUGAGAAGACAGUUGAGAGGAGGCAGAAACGGAUGAUCAAGAACAGGGAAUCUGCUGCACGUUCACGAGCUAGGAAACAGGCGUAUACCCAUGAAUUGGAAAAUAAAGUUUCACGGCUAGAAGAGGAGAAUGAAAGGCUACGAAGGAUGAGGGGGUGUUCGGCUGUAAGCUAGAGUCUUGGUGUUUUGCCCUUCUCUCCUGCAUACAUUCGACGUGUAUAGAUAGGCCUACUCAAGUAAACUUUAGUUGAAGUAGUUCAGCUUUCCUAUAAAAGCAUACUGUUGUAGCCUAUUAUGGUCCCUUUUUCUCGUAAUCUCAUUUUCAAUUUGCUUCUGCUGGUGUUCGUUUGGUUUUGGUUAUGAACGAAAAUUAAUACCGGGAAGUUAUGUGAUGAGAUGUAUCCGAGCUGUAGUGUAGAAUAUGCUGAUAAACACUUCCUCGUUCCUUCACAAUGUCUCUUGAUGGAAGUUUAACAUCUUUUCUGCUUAGCUUGGCUUGUUACAUGUUAUUUCACUCCUCAUUUGACAAGGUUUGAUAGGUAUAGUGUUGCUAUUCAGUGUGCUGCUGUCUUAUCGGCUUUUUACAGUUACUUCACUCCAUGUUUGACUAGAUUUGAUUGGCAUAGUGUUGCUAUCUCUUGAGUUGCUGUUCUAUCGGCUUUUUACAUGUUACUUAUCUAAGCAUGUGC